GUAUUGGAAGACGAGUAUAAGACUAGUGAGGUGAAGAAAUGUAGAUUGUAGACCACAGAUUGAAUGUUUGUGAGACCAAAUUGAUAAGAGAUUAUUGCGAAAGAAAAAAAAACUGUCCAAACUAGAGUAGGAGAUAAUGAAGACAUACUUUAGUUCCCACUAGUCUAACUCUUAACAAAGAAGAGCUUUGGAAGCAUAUACACUGUUGUUGGACACAGAGGUUCUCAUACCAUCAAUCCGACUCCAUUUCUUCUUUUCUUGAAUACCCUGAACUCAAUUUCUCCUGGCGCAAUGGCUGAAGUCCUUCUCUUUAUCUAAGUAAAUGCAAUUUAAAUAUCAAACAAGUACUUCUGGAAGAAAUCAUUCAGGACAUGUGACCAGAGACAACUUGUUGCCAAAUGUACAUUGUGUGUUCUGAUAUGAACAUCUAAAUGGACUCAUUUGUUUUGGUCUCUUUAUUUGUAUCAGAUCGCUUUGUGUCUAUUGACUUUUCGUUUCAAGAACAUGUUUUCAAUGUUUACUUUAGUUUGCUACUUAGCAACAGCGUUCACACCCAGUGUCCAGUCACAGAUUGACCUUGUGUGUCCUCCGACACUACCCCAGGAUGACUAUCGUCAGCUGUAUUCCGAUGUCUGCUUUUACUUUGUGCUGUUCCGACAGAGUGAGUACCUCGCUGCCCAAAACCACUGCGAGAACCUCGGAGGAUCGCUGGUCCUGGUCAAGUCACCCGAACUUGAGGAAUUCAUUGUGAGUCAGAUGGUGAGCACGUACCAUCAGCCUCACGCGAAACUGUGGAUAGGUCUAGACGACCUGGACAGGGACAAGGUCUUCACGUGGAGGGACGGCUCAUUGCUAGACUACAGCAACUGGGCUGUGGGCGAAGGGCUUGGCAAGAACCCAGGAGAAGAGUGUGCAGUCCUGGACGUGGGGCAGCGAGGGAGGUGGUACGACUACCGCUGCAAUGACGAGGAGUUCUCGAGUUACGAGCAACAGUACGUCUGCCAGUUCGGCUCCGUGUCUGAGACCACACUCACGGCUGAGGCGUUUACUGUCACCGUGACCUCCUUGACACACCCCUGUCCGCCAUUUUCCUGCGAUCUGGAUUGUGGGAUGGAUGGGUUUAAGAUGAACCCGCUCGAUGGUUGUGCUAUAUGUCAGUGUGAAGUGGAAUAAAAUAUCAUUUGAAUA